AAUUCCCCUUUAUAUAUAUAUAUAUAUAAAGCCUUCUUCCAAAAACCUUCUUCAUCAUCAACACCAACACAAAAACCCAUCAUCAUUUGCUGUUUAAUGCUCAAAACCAAAUACCCUUUUGGAUUUGGAGCUUAUUAAUCCAAUCCCCUUCAAAAUCUUCCUCUUCUGAAGUAAAAAGAAGCAAUUUUUCUCAUGGCCUCUUCUUCUGCAUCUUCUUCUUGUUCUCUUGCAAUAUCCCCAAGGAAGCUGCGCUAUGAUCUGUAUUCUUAUUCAUACAAAGAAGAUUCCAACACCCCAUUGGUGAUAAAUGUGCUGGCUUCACUCAUUGAGAGAAGCAUGGCUAGGACACAGAGGAUUGUGAAGAACUGUUCAAGUGCUUUGUCCAAAGCCAUCAGCACAAACAUCUUUGAUUGCAGAGAGAUUCCUGAUAUGACCAUUCAAUCUUAUCUAGAGAGAAUUUUCAGGUACACUAGAGCAGGACCAUCAGUGUAUGUUGUUGCCUAUGUCUACAUUGACCGCUUCUGUCAAAACAAUUCAGGGUUUAGAAUCAAUGCCAGAAAUGUUCACAGACUUCUCAUAACAACUAUCAUGGUGGCUUCUAAGUAUGUGGAAGAUAUGAAUUUCAGAAAUUCAUACUUUGCAAGAGUUGGAGGGUUGACAACAGAUGAAUUGAAUGAAUUGGAGGUUGAAUUUCUUUUCAUGAUGGGUUUCAAAUUGCAUGUGAAUGUGAGUGUUUUUGAGAGCUAUUGCUGCCAUUUGGAGAGGGAAGUGAGCAUUGGAGGAGGUUACCACAUUGAGAAAACUCUAAGGUGUGCUGAAGAGAUCAAAGCAAGGAAUACAGAAGAAAGGGGUUACACACAAAUCACACGUGUGAUGUUGUAGAAUGCUUAGAGAGUUUUGCUGUUAUAAUUUUUUUUUUUUUUUUGUGUUUUUCCUGCAAAAGAAGCUAGUUUAUGUGGAUAGAUGAGUGUAAAUUUAUAUAUUUUGUUUGGGGAUUGAGAAUUUAGAACUUAGGUAAGGCAGAAAAGAGUGAUGUACAAAUUUGUCUGCGAGUUUUAAUCAUCAAGAGUUUUGGGAUUUUAUAUGCUGAUGUGAGGAAUUUUAAGUGAGCAAAUUUUCAA